AUGAAAGGACAAGACGAGCUGAUUGGAAAGAACGGUGUUUUUAAGAAAAGACGGAUUGAGAACCAAAACAAAACCAUCGCAGCUUCAUCAUCAGAAGAUGAACAAUUUGAGGAUGCUUUAUCAAGUCCCAAAAUUGAGAGUUUGGGUCAAAUAGUAAAAGGAAAAGAGGUAAUAGAAGACAAGAUCGUGGACAAAGAAAUCGUGAAUGAAAACAAGAAACGCGUAGUGACAACGCAAGGACGCAACAGAGAAGACUCUGAUGACGAGUAA